AACUUGAGAGUUAUCUAACACAAAUUUUUCAGUCUUGGGCUUUCGCCUUGACCUCUCGGGAACCACCGGAAGAGGCGAGAAACAUCUAAGUGGGUGCUCGCGCUUGAACCGACCCCGCUCGCUCCACCUUUACACGCACGUUCACUGGCAUAUAUUACGCUUGGAUUCUCGUCUUGUUGCCUCUAGAGCUCUGCUUCGUUGACUUUCACUUGCUGCUCAGAACAUCAAUCCGAAGUGUCAGGUUGCUGCUGCUUCUUCUUCUUCUUCGUUUCCCUGCUGGGCCAAUCUAAUGUCAGAGUCAGAGCCACCGUUUAGACCGAGAGAGAAGCUCAUAGAGAAGCAGAAGUAUUACCAAAGCAUCAACAAGCCCAUUUACCUGAAAGGACCGUACGACAAGAUCACCUCCAUCGCCAUCCCGCUCGCGCUGGGCGUCACCACCAUGUUCCUGACCGCACGGGGCCUCUACAACAUGGCCCACGGGAUCGGGAAGAAGGAAAUGCGAUAGCUCUGUUUCUACGAACAUCUGAAACGUCGGAAUGGUGUAAGACGAGGUUUUGUAACAUCUGUAUAAUCAAUAAGUGAUUACCUUUGGAUGUUGAAAGAA